AUGUCUGGAAGAGGAAAGGGUGGCAAGGGUUUGGGAAAGGGCGGAGCGAAACGCCACCGUAAGGUGCUUCGUGAUAACAUCCAGGGCAUUACCAAGCCUGCGAUUCGACGUCUGGCUCGGAGAGGUGGAGUUAAACGUAUUAGUGGUCUCAUCUACGAAGAGACGCGUGGUGUCCUCAAGAUCUUCUUGGAGAAUGUCAUUCGUGAUGCCGUCACAUACACAGAGCACGCUCGCCGGAAAACUGUCACUGCAAUGGACGUUGUAUAUGCGCUGAAGAGGCAGGGCCGAACACUGUAUGGCUUUGGGGGUUAA